UGCUUCAGACUGUGUGUUUGUUUCCAUUCAGGCGUACCACGGCCACCACCAUGCUAUGGAGGUCCUGGUUCAGUCUCUGCUGGAUCUAGACGUGAGGAACAGCCAGGGGCGCACCCCUCUGGACCUGGCUGCCUUUAAAGGCCAUGUGGAGUGUGUUGACGUCCUCAUCAACCAGGGAGCCUCCAUCCUGGUUAAAGACUUCACCCUGAAGAGGACCCCCAUCCACGCUGCAGCUACCAACGGUCAUUCGGAGUGUUUGCGUUUGCUGAUUGGAAAUGCUGACCUCCAGAGUGCAGUGGACGUUCAAGACGGGAAUGGACAAACCCCUCUGAUGCUGUCGGUGCUGAGCGGACACACAGACUGUGUGUACUCACUGCUCAACAAGGGAGCCAGCGUAGAAGCCAAAGACAAGUGGGGCAGAACAGCGCUACACAGAGGGGCGGUGACGGGUCAUGAGGAGUGUGUGGAGGCCCUGCUGCAGCACAGCGCCAGCUUCCUGGUUCGGGACUGUAAGGGGCGGACCCCUGUCCACCUGGCGGCGGCAUCCGGACACAUCGGGGUGCUGGGGGGGCUCCUACACGCCGCCCAGUCAGUGGAGACCCUCCCCGUCAUCACAGACAACCAGGGCUACACGCCACUACACUGGGCCUGCUACAACGGCCAUGACACGUGUGUAGAGGUGCUGCUGGAACAGGAGGUUUUCCACAAGACCGAGGGCAACUCGUUCAGCCCCCUCCACUGUGCUGUGAUCAAUGACAACGAGGGGGCUGCAGAGAUGCUGAUUGACACUCUGGGGCCGGCCAUUGUCAACGCCACUGACACCAAGAACCGUUUCCUCUCUCUCCAGGACCCCCUGCAUGCGGCGGCUUUCACAGACCACGUGGAGUGUCUUCAGCUGCUGCUAGGCCACAACGCCCAGGUCAACUCCCCCGAUGCCUCCGGGAAGACCUCCCUCAUGAUGGCUGCUGAGAACGGACAAACCAACGCUGUCGAGCUGUUGGUGAGCAGUGCCAAAGCAGAGCUCACCCUGCAGGAUGCAGUCAAGAACACUGCUCUUCAUCUGGCCUGCAGUAAGGGGCAUGAAACCAGUGCCUUGUUGAUAUUGGAGAAGAUUACAGACAGGAACCUCAUCAACUCGACUAACGCAGCCUUACAGACGCCGUUACACGUUGCAGCCAGAAAUGGUCUGACGGUGGUGGUUCAGGAGCUACUAGUGAAGGGUGCUAGCGUGCUAGCAGUCGAUGAGAAUGGUUACACGCCUGCCUUGGCCUGCGCCCCCAACAAAGACGUGGCGGACUGCCUGGCACUGAUCCUGGCCACCAUGAUGCCCGUGUCCCCCUGCAACCCGACGCCCAGACUGUCCUUCAGUGCCAUUAACCACUACACCACCAGCCCCUCCAAGAGUGUGACCUUCGACAGCCUGCCCGUGCUGCGCAGCGAGCACAGCUCCUACUGCAGCUUCAACAACAUCGGCCACCGCGACCACGAUGGAGGCUUCUACAAGGAUGAGGAACUCAACGACUCAGACUCAGAGACAUACUGAGGGGGGUGGUGGUCGCUGCCCAGGAGGGGAGCCAAGGGCAGGCGGAUGGACAGUGAAGUGGGGCAGAGGCCACAAACAAAUACACACAUACACACCGUGUCUUAAAUCACCACAGCCAGCUUUGGGAGGGCACGAGCCGAGACAGUCCGCACAGGAGCCUUAAGAGUCCCGCAGAUGGAGAGAGAGAAAUGGAGGGAGGGAGAGGGGGAGGCACAACAGGCUGGCUGGCCACACUCAUCCUCUCGUACCACCAGGUGUCCUUCCAGCAGAUACUGGACUUCAGAGGAACUGCUGCUGCUAUACCCCACCAUUACCUUUACCCACAAAGGUCC